GGGAGACCGGGGUGUGGAAAGUGUGGCGGCCCCGCCCCGUCUCUCGGAACUGCUGCGGCCGCCACCGCCGUCCCCGCCGCAUCUCCUGUCCAGGACCGGCGGCGGUGCGCGGGCGGAAGGCGCUGCUUCGCGGCUGGAAGUUCCCUAGGAAAAGCCACCAGCCCCCUCACCCACGAUGGCCGAUGAGAUCGAUUUCGCUACUGGAGACGCCGGAGCUUCCAGUACUUACCCGAUGCAGUGCUCGGCGCUGCGCAAAAACGGGUUCGUGGUGCUCAAAGGACGGCCAUGCAAAAUAGUGGAGAUGUCCACUUCCAAGACCGGAAAGCACGGGCAUGCCAAGGUUCACCUUGUUGGAAUUGAUAUUUUCACGGGCAAAAAAUAUGAAGAUAUUUGCCCUUCUACUCACAAUAUGGAUGUUCCAAAUAUUAAGAGAAACGAUUACCAACUUAUAUGUAUUCAGGAUGGUUACCUUUCCCUGCUGACAGAAACUGGUGAAGUUCGUGAGGAUCUUAAGCUGCCAGAAGGUGAACUAGGCAAAGAAAUUGAGGGAAAAUACAACGCAGGUGAAGAUGUACAGGUGUCUGUCAUGUGUGCAAUGAGUGAAGAAUAUGCUGUAGCCAUAAAGCCGUGCAAGUAAAUGGGAAAAUUAGACAUGAGCAAACUGCUUAGGUCUGGAUCAAGUGCAGAUCUAAAGUUUGGUUCUACGUUGUCACCAAAGCUAUGGCCUUCAUAAGUAACCUCAUUUGUUUCUUAAUUUUGUUUUUUCAAUCAUGCUUAAUUUGUUUUGCAGGCAAUUGGUCACUUAAAAAGAAUAAUCAAGCAUAGUUAUUUUUUUUUAAUUUUGUAGGUCUUUUCUGUAACAUUCUUAUGAUUUUCAGUAUGAGUCCCAGAAACAAAUGGUAGCUUCAGUAGACAAGAUUUAUCUGAGCACAUCAAUCCUGAAUUUUAAAUGAUACAUAAACCAGGGUUUUAAUUAAAUAAUGUAGCAUCUAGUAGUAUUGAAGUGCCACAUUUAAGUCGAAUUGCUCUGCAUUGAUGUCAAACAUGAUAUACAGUUUGUAUUGAUUGAAAUUGUUGCAGCUCAGCCUGGCAAGCACAAGUCCUUAAAGAAAGACUGCAGUGGCAGUCCAGCAGGUAGGGCACAUGCCUUGCACAUAGCCAUCCUGGGGUCAGUCCCCAGCACCCCAGAUGCCCUCCAGAGCCCACCGUGAGGGGUCCCUCAGCUCAGAGCCAAGAGUCAAGCCUGAGCACUGCUGGGUGUGGCCCCAAAACAAACAAAUUAAUGUUAUCAAAAGAUGUCAGUCAUCAUAAGAGCCAUGUACCGUCACCUAUAUUACCUCAAUCAUAAUUUUUUGUCAGAUUGUUGCAAACUUCAUAUGUAUGAUGAUCUUGCUAUCUACAAGUGACAGAGGUGCACUGGUCUGUUAGAUGAUCAUUAGUGAAUCAGAAUGUAAAGAAAGAAAAGACAGGAACAGUGGCAUUAGAGGUUGGUUAAUACUAUACAUGUUUUUGAAACCUCUAUUAGGAUAAAAAUGUAAAGUUUCUAGUGUGUUUUGGUUGUGUUUUGGUUCUUUAACUCUCCCCUGCUUUAUAGGAUAUUGUGCAGUGCUUUUUAUCACUUAUUUUGAAUAAAUAUAAUACUCGGUUACUACCUUUCAGAAAUUUUUAAGUAGAUAUUUUGACAUUAAAAUAUUUGUCAGGCUGGAGAGAGAGAGUACAGCAGGCAGGAUGCUUGCCCUGGCAAGCAGCCAACCUGGAUUUGAUCCCCAGCAACACACAUGGUCCCCUGAGCCCGCCAGGAGUGAUCCCUAAGCAGAGAGCUAGGGGUAACCUUAAGCAUUGCCAGGUGUGGCCCCAAACCAAAUAAAUUAAAUGUUAGAAAAAACCUGGAAACACUUAUUUUAAAUUUAUUUGAACAUUUAUCAAAUUUGUAUACUUUGUUCUACAGUGAAAUGAAAGUCAUGGAAGAAAAGUUACUUUGUGUGAUAAUUAUUUAACUUAUUUUAAGAAAUAUGUGUAUUUUUUGAUUUUCAUGUGACAGUUUACCUACUGAUGUGUAAUAUGAUUAGGAAAGAAAUAGUAAGCUGAAUUAGUUUUAGAAGUGGUUUAGGUUACUCAAAUUAUUUAUCUUUCAGAGCAUAUUUGUCUUACAUAUUUAAUUUCUGAAAUUACAAACAUUAUCACAGGGUGUAGGUGGCCUUUAACUUAAUAACACUCAUUAUAUUGUAGUGAAGUUUUUAACGAGAUUACUAUUGAAUAAUACUUUCAUCUUCUAUGAUAAACUAUAAAAUAUCUCUCAUCAUAUAGAUGAAAUGGGAGACUGAAAUGAAAUGAAAGACCCUUAAAAGGUCUUUGUGUUCGUAUCAUCUAGAAGAAAGUAUAUACAGCACUGAUCUAAUCAGGACUAGAAAUAGUAUUGGGAACAGAAAAUCCCAAAGUUUGUUAUUUAUUUUGUAUACACUCUAAAAUCUUGUCUGGGUUUCACCAAGCUCAUUUAGAAAAGAGAAUGCAAGAGAAAUGCAAAAUUGUAAAGCACAGAAUACUGAGGUUGUAGUUAUCAUUUAUAGUGUAAUGUUCUUGCUUUUGCCAAGUAAAGCACAAUUAGGAAUUAAGCUAAUUCCUUUUCAGUAUUCCACAUAAGUAUCUAUUAUAUAUUGCUCUUGUGUUUUUUUUUAGUACUGUAGAAUAUGUAUAUUGCUUGCUACUAGUUGACAUUGUUACCCACAAAAAAUUCAUAAAGUUAUCCAUCUGUGCUGCUUGCUGGUCAUACACAUUGACCCCAGUUAAACAUACUAUUACUCUGAUUUAGUACUCUGUAUGAGCAUGGCUUUUCUUCCUAACUUGUCAAGUAUCACAUAAUAUAUUUUCAAUUGCAAGGUAAGCAUAUAUAAAAUAUAAUAAUGCAUCUGUUUUAUAUUGAAUGACAAAGCUAUUUAUGCAUAACUUUAAUUUCAAGUAUGAUAAUGAACUGUAAAUUUCUCCUCUGAUGUAUAUAAACAUAGAUUUUAAAGAUAGGGACUUUCUUUUGUUUCCACAUAAGCCAAUACAUAUUUCUCUAGAACAAUAUUUCACUUAGUAAAGCUUUAUAAAUUCUAUUAAAAAGAAAGCAGGGAAACAUUUUUUAAUAAGUGACUUCAUUCUUUUUUGACAUUAGAAGUGUUAAAAGUUGAUUCCUAAUAUUUGUUGUACUUUUUUGUAACAAAUGUUAAAAAUCCCUAGUUACCACAUAUAGAAUGUAGACUGUCAUGUUGAUAUACAGAGAUACACUAGUCUGUAGACAUUUCACCGAUUUAUAUGCAAUAUUAUAUUAACAGGUGGAAUAUUUAUUUCUUUAUAGAACAGUACAAUUUAUUUCUACUGUGAAGACUUUGUUAUACUUUAUUCACUUUAAAGUUGUAUACCCUCUGAAGUAGAUCAUAUCAUUGCUACUUUGACUUAGCAUUUACAACAUAAUUCUCAAGUUUAUUUUAUGCUCCUUCCAAGGGCUGUCAGUCACUUGAAAUUGUUGCUAACCAAGCUCUUGAGUCCCUUCCCAUUUAUGGUACAAAAUGCUCUAUCUAUGCUUUAUCACAGUUACCAAAACUCUUCUAUACCCAGAACAUGGUAUCUUUAAUAGUAGAUGCUGUGAGAAAGUACUAAGGUAAAAAAUUUGGGGACACAAUUUUUCAUUAUAGCACAAUGUGAGUGUGUCUGUGUGCACACAUAGCUUUGUAUGUUCUUUUUACAAAGUCCUUCCAACUCUUAAAAGUACUGUAGUCUGGUAGUGCCUCAAAUGUUGGUAACUUUUUUUUUUUAAUUUACAAGUUUUCCAGAAUUUGUUUUUGUACUUCAAAGUUUCUCAAUUAGAUUAUUUCUAGUUGAGAUGUAAUUUGAAUGCAUUGUUCUCAGGGCUGUUUGUGCUAAGAGCUGGGUUUUCAUUAUUUUAAUGCUACCUGCCUGAAAGUAUAUUGCAGAAUUUUCCCAAAUUGUAAUAAAGUUGACACAUAUAAAUAAUUCUUAAUAUCAGCAUACUUAAACCAUAUGCUAACUAUUGAAGAAAAUGGAAGCAUUGAUCAUAUCUAUACAGGAAUCUUGCCAUAGUUUUUUUUCAUUUUAGAAUAGAAUUUAAUAAGAUUUAUUUUAAAACCCUAAACUUAAUGAUAUAUCUAAAAGCAUUCCUUUGACAGGGACCCCCAAGAUAGUUUCAGAGCCAGACAUUGGUGUAGUAUUUCUGAAACAUAUUUAGGGACAACAUAUUGAAAACACAGUGAUCUUUUGUGUACAUUAAAAUGUUUACAUCGAAUUCUAUAAUAUGAACAAAUUUACUAUAAGAGUGCACUUAAGUCUAAGAGCAAACUAUAAACAUAUUUCCAUACAUUGUAUUAUAUUGAACUGAUCAAAUGAUUUUUUAAUGUUACUUAAUCAUAUUUCAUAGUUUUCAAACCUUUUUUCUCCUAGAGAUGAGUAGUAGGCACAAAGACUUAAGAAAAUGUUAUUGUGGAAAAUCUUAAAAUUGAGGAAAUUCAAUUUGUUAAACAUUAAGACUUUUUUUCUCUGAAUUGGGUAUAUAUGGCUUCAUUUGAUUUUAAUAGAACAUUAUGGAACACAAAUGUUUGUUGGGAACAUAGCUUAUAUAUAAAUACAUACAAUUUAAUGAGGUUUUAAAAUUAUAUUAACAUCAGUUUAACUACCAUGUGAGGUCAAGUGCCUGAAAAGUGCUGUAUACAUCUAAUCACAUUUUCCUUAACUGAAAGAGAAAACUUAUAGUAAUGCGUAUAUCAGGCUUUUACUUGCUAGAAACAUAAUUGUUGCCAAACCUUAGCACCUCUACUCCUCUUUCCUCAGAACAGGUUGAACCUAUUUUGCAAUUAAAAGAGAGGUUCUUUGAUUUCUAUAAAGUCCCCCCACUAUUUCUUGGUAUUAGGAGCCAUAGGUUUAUCUUAUGUAAAGAUUGUAUUUUUUAAUAUCUCUGGACAAUGAACUAUUCAGUCAUCAGUGCAGCUUGUCAAGUCAAAGUUCUGAUCUUUCUUUAGAGAAAUUCCUUAUUGUGGUUAAUAUCUGCUACAAGUAAGCACUCUUGUGCUUGUUACAAAGUAUAAUAAUUACUAGUCCAUACUAGUAUAAUAAGAAUGACUUUUAGUUACAUACUAUUAUGUACUUUUGUCCUCUUCAAAAAGGAAUUAGUUGAAAUAGUAUUAUCUAAUCCAGUGGCACUUUAUUAGUAAAUACAUUUUAUUUGUCAUUAUAGAAUUCUUGCCUUUUUCAUGUUUUAGCUAAAACCUUAAAAUUAUAAAAUAUAUGUGGUUUGAGUGUAAUAAUUGUGCAUUUUACAUUUCAAAAAUGUGAAAUUUCAAUGUUAUGUAUUUGACUAUAUGAGAAUUGUUGAAAUUCUUUAAUAUGUAGCUGCAAACAUCAGUUAUAACUUUGUUAUUAAAAUAUAUCUGUCUGUUAAUGUCAUCAGUUAUGAAAAAUUAAAGUUAUUUAAUAGCUUGCACUA